GAGUUUGUAGCGUUGCACACAACAAGAAGUUUCUAAGCCCUACAUAUACUCUCUUCAUGAUUGCAGCAGUUAUUUGGCUUUUAUUUAUUUUCAUCAGCUACAAAUAAUUAAAAAAUACUGACAAUCAAAGCUAAAGCUCUCUAAACAAAGUGUACUCUUUGAGCACGCGGAUUCAUUUCGUCAAGGUAGAAACGACAUUCGCCAUCUUUCUUUGUUGACGAAAUUUCUGAUCAGCUGUGAAGAGAGUUAGAUACUGAAAGACACAUUCUUAAUUUAUCAAAUUCAACUGUUCUAUACACCAUGAAGUGGCAAUACAAAGACGAGCAUCCUUUUGAGAAGCGACGAGCAGAGGGAGAGAAAAUCCGCAAGAAGUAUCCAGAUAGAGUUCCCGUUAUCGUGGAGAAAGCCCCAAAGGCACGAGUCGGAGAUCUGGACAAGAAGAAGUACCUGGUGCCCUCAGACCUGACUGUCGGACAGUUCUAUUUCCUGAUCCGCAAGCGGAUUCACCUGAGGCCAGAGGAUGCUCUGUUUUUCUUUGUCAACAAUGUGAUCCCACCCACUAGUGCAACAAUGGGAGCUCUCUAUCAGGAGCACCACGAGGAGGACUUCUUCUUGUACAUUGCCUACAGUGACGAGAGCGUCUACGGAAGCUGUGAGGACAGCGCGUAGAACAGCCGCAGCCUCGGCGUGGGUGUUGCUUCUUUGGGCACGAUGGAGGUGAUGAGGAACUUUCAUUUUUCUUUCCCCGGCCAUCCAUCUGGUUGCUACUACUGCGUACUCUUGUCUUCGCGUGGGAGUUUGCACACAUUCGAUGUUGUACAGCUUUCUGUUUGGGUAGGCUCAACCUAGGGAUGAUCAGCGGACCCAAGAUGCAUCUUAUGUACAUAUAGAGUCGUGUGUGUAUACAUGUGUAUCAUUUUGUGUACGUGUGCGUGUGCUGUAAGGGUGGGGGCUGCGAUGUGGCGAGUGUUGUGAAGGGUUUGCUGGGUGAAGGCGAGUAUUUAGAGAAUUGCUCAUGUCUCAGCUCCAGGAGGCUUGGAGUGCGUUACUCGUCUUGUCUGAUCCAAGGUUAUACGUCCCUUCAGCAAACCUUACGCACGCCCCGCCCUUUGAUGUCUUAAUGUGUUUGUGAAUGGCAGCUGUGUGUGAAAUAACGUAUACAUCAUGUAUGUCUGUGGAGAAAUUCCCGGUAUGAGUUGUGGGACUAUGGUCAAAUGACUUCCCGAUUGAUAACUCACUCACUCAAGUUUUAUUCUCAUAAUCAAUGUGAACGUGUCUCUGGAUCACACCAAGUCUGUGCAACCGUUUACACUCACACACACACACACACACACACACACAUACACACACACACACACACACACACACACACACACACACACACACCAAACGUGUCGAUAGAUUUGGCACACCAAUAGGACUAGUUGGCUGUGCUUGUUUCCCCCUCUCUCUAUUUGGGACUUGUAGUAGGCUGAAAUUAUUUCACUUCUGGACUGUAUUUUGGACCUCUCACUUCUUUUCGAUACACGUAAAGUAUUAAUUAUGUGGGCUGCUGUACGUUUGUACAGUCAUCUGAAAUGGCUGUGUUUGGUUUUUAAUGAUAGUUUAAAAGCCUUUUCUUUUUUUUGUUUGUUUUGGGUGCUGUUUGGUUGGUCUGGGUUGUUCUUAAUAAGAUUUUUCGAAAAACAAUCAAUCCUCAAUCAUCAGUAUGUUUGAAUCUAAAACAGUGCUGGCAGGAGAUCUUCUGGUGCAGUGGAUUUUUUAAAUAUUUUUUUUUUCUUUUCUGAAAAACCACCUCAAUUUACAGUGAGCUGUGGGAAAGUAAUUUAGCUCACACAUAAGUACCUGACACCAGUCUUGUGAUGAGUCUUUCUGUGUGUGUGUCGGCCAUUUGCUUGCUCCGACUUGGUGUGUACCCCCCCCCCCCCCUCGUUGAACACAACAUCAUUCAUUGUGCUCGUUGUAAGCUUGUUAUCACAGUGUCUUGAGCCUUUUUAAAUAUGAUCAGCUGUCUUUUUAUGUUCUCCGUUUAUGAAGUUAUUUAGAUUUUCAUAGAAUUUAGACGUACCCCAGUAAAAUUCCCAGCUAGCUUUGCGGCAUAGUGGGUACAUGAUUUUUACCGCAUUGGUAUUUUUGUUCUCUUAUGAAGAUUUUUACAUUUCCAUCGCCAUCGUUGAUUGAUGUUGGCCUAGUUGUUACUUUAUAUCAGCCCAUUUUUUUCCAGCAACUUUCUUUUCCCGAAUGAAAAGAAUAUUUUUUUGUUGCUUUCUGCGUUAGUGCUGAGUUCUCUUGGUUUUUUAAUAUUUUUUUUGGUGGAACAUACUUUAUAUGCUGUAGUACAUGUAGCGGGAUAUUUUGUUUUUAUCUACUAUCAGUGAGUGACAAUUUUGGAUCACCCGAAUGUCAUUCAUUAGAGAAUUGAGUUGGAACGGGUUAAAAUCAGAAUUGAGAAUAUUUUAAUUGGAACAGUCGCAGGUAUUUUUGGAGGAAAAUUGAAAAUAUGUAGCUUUCUUAUAUGACAUUUUUUCACCCUUUUCAUCGCCAUUGCUGGUAUAAAGAUUCCCUUUUUGGACGACAGGUGUGUCUUAUUUUGUAUUCACCGUGGAUGUACAUGUAUAUUAAGCUCAUGAUGCAGUGUUUCUCGUGAGCAAAUAGCCUGUGAUGGGAAAUGGUACUGGAUGUCCUGAAAAAGAAAAAAAAACAACUUAUAAAUCCAAAAACAUGAAUAAACAACUUGUGCAUUCAAA